AUGACUGGGGUAGGCCUAGAGGCAGUAGACCCAGCAGAUGUUCUCCUGCUCUACGCCUCCCAGACAGGAAAUGCCAAGUUAAUUGCAGAAGAUAUAAGAGAGAAGUGUGAGAGUGAGGGUGUGAGCUGCUGUCUGAGGUGUUGUAGUCAAUUACAACAACACUUAAAUAACCUUCAUCAAGUGACGUGUCUCAUCCUCGUUGCUGCCACCACAGGUGCUACUCUGAGAAAACUUCCCCUCACUCCUUCAGUUGCUGCCUUACAACAUUGUAUAGCUCCAGAUGACUCACUGAGAAAUGUGAAAGUACUUCAGCUAAAGAUUUCCAUGCCCCAUGGCUUGUCUUGCAUAGUUAAGAUCACCUGUCUGCAAUUGUUUACAUUGUGUAUACAUGUAGUAAUGUGUAUUUUUAUUUGUAGGUUCUAUGACUGUGGCUGGGCUGAUGAUGGAACUGGACUUGAAGUUGUAAUUGAACCUUGGAUGGAAGGGCUUUUUCCUGCUCUAAAAAAAUUUCUAAUCCAAAAAAAAGGCAGUUUUAUAAGCCAGGAUAGCACUAUGGAAGAUGCCAGUAAGACAGAUCUAAGCAAUUAUAGUUGCAAAGAGAAAGUUACAAAUGAUGUAACUACAAUUGGGAAUAAUGAGAUGUUUAUCCAUGCCAGUGAGAAUAAUCUUGAGACAAAUAAGAGUUCACUUAAAGUAAUUGAUGAAUCUGUGAUUGAUCAUGUUUGUAUAGCCCCUGAAGACAAUGACAGCACACAAAGAACUUUAGCCAUUGCAGGUAAAUAUAAUAUAGAUAUUUUAUCUCAAGAAGAAAUUCAAUGCCUUCCUAUAAAAUUGUGUAGCUUUCCUUUAGACAAAAAACUAACUUUACCUGCUCAAUCUCCACCGUAUCUAACAUUAGAAUGUGUAGAUAAUUCUGAAGGUAGAACAAUUCAGGUUAAUUCCCCUCUGCCAAGUGCAGCAUCACAGGUAGUUGAAACACAUGUAGUAUCAGUUAGACGACUGACUAGUGCUGAUGCUGUAAAAACUGCUCUGGAAGUUACCUUAAGACUGCCUAAAGAUCAAGAUAGAUUUGCUUAUGAGCCAGGUGAUUCAUUUGGAAUUAUUGUGAAAAAUAAAGAGAAUGAGGUAGAAAUUCUUUUAAAUUUACUUGGAAUAUCUGAUAGAGCAGAUAAAAUUUAUGAACUCUCUGUCCUACCGAACACCAAAAAGAAGGCAGCAGCAGUGCCAAAAUUUAUUCCUGUGAAAAGUUCUCUGAGAUAUAUACUGGAACAUUGUGUGGAUAUUAGAUCUGUCCCCAAGAAACCUUUAGUAAGAGCUUUGUUGGAAUAUACAUCUAGUCCAUCAGAGAAAAGGCGUUUACAAGAACUUGUCAGUAAAGAAGGGGCAUCAGAAUACACCAAAAACAUUCGGGAAGCAAAUCUGACUUUACUGGACUUGUUAAUAAUCUUUGGAUCAUGCAAGCCACCUGUCACAACUCUCCUGGAACAUUUACCUCGGCUUCAACCCCGAGCUUAUUCCAUUAUUUCUUCUCCUCUUGUGGAUUCUGAAAAUAUCUCAUUUGUUUUUAAUGUAGUAGAAAUCCCAAAGGAAAACACAGUCACAUAUGCAAGGAAAGGCAUUUGCACUGGUUGGUUGUUUUCUGUGUAUAAUGAACUAGCAAGUAAUGGCACAGAUUUGAACACAACGUUCAGUGGGUUAACAAUUUCAGAAAAAUGUAACGUAUGUGCCACCAUUUACUUGCGUUCUAACCAAAAUUUUCACCUCCCAAAAGAUUUAGCAACUCCUAUUAUCAUGAUUGGUCCUGGCACAGGUGUUGCACCCUUUGUGGGAUUUCUUAGACAUCGUCAAAAAAUCAUGGCUUCAAACCCUAAUGACAUUAUUGGCAAGUCGUGGUUAUUUUUUGGUUGCCGCCAUAAAGAGCACGACUUUCUUUAUAAAGAAGAGAUUGAAAGAUUCCAAGAUGAAGGUAUUUUAAAUCAUUUUAUUGUUAGUUUCUCAAGAGAGACUACUGCUUGUAAUGGUGUAAAAUAUGUUCAAGAUAAUAUUCUUAAACAUGGUGCUGCUCUGGCUUCUCUCUUAGUAAAUGAGGGAGCUGUGGUGUAUGUGUGUGGCGAUGCUCAUAACAUGGCAAAAGAUGUUUUUGAAGCAUUUGUAUCAAUACUGCAAGCUAAUUGCAACCAAACAGAAAAUAGUGCUAGGAAUUUGUUGGCUCAAAUGCAAAUAGAGAAGAGAUAUUUACAAGAUGUUUGGACUUGAUCCUAUAAUUUUACUAGUACAUCAAGUAAAGUUUAUAGUUUUUAUGUAUGAGAAUUUUGUGUGAGUAAAUUUUAGAAAAUGAGUAAAA